AUGUUUAGAUUCUUAAAGAAGAAUUAAGGCAUACUAUAUAGAUAGAAUUCCCUCUUAUAUGGGUUUUCUUAAACAAUUUCUUUUUAAGCAAAUAAUAAGUAUGACGUAGUUGUAAUUGGAGGCGGUCAUGCAGGAUGCGAAGCUGCUUAUGCUGCUGCAAGAACUGGAGCUAAAACGCUUCUACUAACAUAGAAAAAAUAGACUGUUGGAGAAAUGAGUUGCAAUCCUUCAAUGGGUGGUAUUGGAAAAGGAAAUUUAAUUAGAGAAAUAGAUGCCCUAGGAGGAUUAAUGGGCCGUAUGGCUGAUCUCUCAGGAAUUUAAUACAAAGUUCUGAACUCUAGUAAAGGUGCUGCUGUAUAAGGACCUCGUGCUUAAAUAGAUAGAGAUUCAUAUAAAAAGAACAUGCAGAACUUUUUAUUCAAUCAAGUCCCUAACCUUGAUGUUGCUGAAGCAAGUGCUGAAGAUUUAUUAUUAGAUGAGAAGACCCACUCUAUAAAAGGUGUUAAGACUUAAAAUAAUGAAAAUAUAUACUCCAAAAGCGUCGUUAUUACUACUGGUACUUUUUUAAGAGCAUAUUGCCAUAUAGGACAUAAGAGGUAUCCCGCAGGAAGACAUAUCAGAGAUUCUGAUUAAGUAGAACCACCUUCCAUAGGCUUAGCCAAAACUUUAGAAAGAUAUCAAUUCCAUAUUGCUAGAUAUACUACUGGAACUCCAGCUAGAAUCGACAGAAAUAGCAUAAAUUUCGAAGGCUUAGAAACACAAGAAAGUGAUGAAAUAAUUACUCCUUUUAGCUUUGUUCAUGAGUUUUACAGCCCUUUCAUACCUCCUAAUCCAUUAGUUAAAUGCUACAUUACACAGACUAAUUCAAAAACUCAUGACAUAAUUAAUUCAAACAGAUAGUUCUUGCCUAAAUUUACUUUCAAUGAUGGUAAAGGGCUAGGUCCUCGUUAUUGCCCAGCUAUAGAGAAAAAAGUAAUUAGAUUCCCUGAUAAGAAAUAUCAUUAAGUCUGGUUAGAGCCUGAAGGUUACAACAACAAUAUUAUUUAUCCAAAUGGAUUAAAUACAGCUUUCCCAGAAGAGAUUUAAUUAGAUUUGCUUAGAUCUAUUAAAGGUCUCGAAAAUUGUGUAAUGACUCGUCCAGGCUAUGCAGUUGAAUAUGACUUUGUAAAUCCUCAAGAACUUAAGAAGUCACUGGAAACAAGAAAAAUAAAAGGAUUGUAUUUAGCUGGCUAAAUAAAUGGUACAACAGGGUAUGAAGAAGCAGCUAGUCAAGGUAUAAUAGCUGGUAUAAAUGCUGGUUAAGAGUGUUAAGGAAAAGAACCAUUAAUCCUCGACAGAAGUGAAGCCUUUAUUGGUGUAUUAAUAGAUGAUUUAAUUUCUUUGGGAAUUUCAGAACCUUACAGAAUGUUUACUUCUAGAUCAGAAUUCAGAUUGAGUUUAAGAGCUGAAAAUGCUGAUUUCAGAUUAACACCUUAUGGAAUAAAAUUAGGAAUAAUAAACAAAGAAUAAGAAGAAGUUUUUAGAUAAAAAUAUCAUAUGAAAGUUAAAGGAAUGCAUAAUUUAAUGAAUUUUAAAAUGUUAAGUAGAGAUUGGUAAAAAAAGGGUAUAAACAUUGAUCCAUAACAGCCUGGAUACAAGAGUGCUGCAGAUAUUAUAGAAAAAUAUGAUAAAAAUAUAGAUGAAAUAUCAUCAGCUUUUAAUAAUUUAUUUGAAAUUGAACCAUAAAUCAAAAAGCAUUUAGAAACUGAAUGCAAAUAUAGAACUUAUCUUGACAAGCAGACAAAGGAAAUUCUUAAUUUACAAAAGAACUUAAAUAGUAUUGAUAUUAGUGAGAUUGAUUUAGAAAGUAUAAAGCACACUGCAACAAAAGAAGAAAUAGAGUUAUUAUCAAAUCAUAAACCUAGAACAAUUUAUGCAGCUAGUAGAAUACCAGGUAUAAGACCAACUACUUUAGUUUAGAUGCUUUACUUAGCCAAAAAAGGUGCAGAAAAUGAAUCUCCAGUUGUUACUUAAUGA